AUGAAAAAGCGCAUGAGAGUCGAUGGUGAUGGCGCACUGCGUGUCACCUAUCAGCAAGCUCAGCCUAUCAAUCGAGCAACUUGGGGUGGCAAAAUCGAGUUCGUCCUUUCCUGUAUCAGCUAUGCCGUGGGACUGGGGAAUGUCUGGCGGUUUCCCUAUCUCUGCCACAAGAACGGUGGUGGUGCUUUUCUGAUACCUUAUGUGGUGAUGUUGGCUCUUGUGGGUCUACCCCUCUUUUUCCUCGAAUUCGCUUUUGGACAAUUCGCCAGUUUGGGUCCCAUCUCCAUAUGGAACGUCAGUCCUCUCUUCAAAGGCACUGGCUAUGCAAUGGUGGCGGGCUCGUGGUUACUCUCCCUCUAUUACAACGUGAUUGUGGCGGAGAGUCUGCUCUACUUCUUCUACAGCUUCAAUAGUGUGCUCCCUUGGACGUACUGUAACAAUACGUGGAAUGCCAACACCACUUGCAUUGACUUCACACGCAAUCUCACCGAACUCCUCAAUUCGAACAUUCCCUCCAACAUAACGUUCACUUCUCCUGCUGAGGACUUUUACUACAAUCAUAUACUGCAGAAGUCAAGUGGCCUCGAGGAUAUGGGUUUGCCCUCGUGGCAGUUGUCACCGGUGCUGCUUCUUGCUUGGAUCAUCACUGCGCUGGUCCUCAUCAAGGGCGUUCAGUCCCUUGGCAAGGUUUCCUACUUCACAGCCCUGUUCCCCUACCUGAUCCUCUCAGUGCUGUUGAUCCGAUCACUGAUGAUGGAGGGCUCUCUGCAGGGCAUUCUCUACUACCUGACACCCAAGUUCGAUCGCCUUAAGGACCCACGAGUGUGGGUGGAUGCCGCAACGCAAAUCUUCUUUUCCCUCGGCUGCUGUUCUGGGUCUCUCAUUGCCAUGUCCAGCUUCAAUCCUUUUAAGAACAACUGCUGUAGAGACGCCAUUAUUGUGGCCUGCAUUAACUGCUGUACCUCCAUAUACGCCGGUUUCGUGGUGUUUGCGAGUCUUGGCUUCAUGGCGCACCAAAAGAACGUAACCAUGGACAAUGUCGCCAAGUCGGGGCCGGGCCUGGCCUUCGUGGUAUAUCCAGAGGCGUUGUCACAGAUGCCCUUUCCCGCCAUCUGGUCCGUCUUCUUCUUCUUCAUGCUCUCUACCGUUGGCUUGGGCUCCCAGUUCGCCAUUGUUGAGACUGUCAUGUCUGGCGUUGAGGACGAGCUCCGACGUUUUAACCUUCUCACCAGCAACUGCCUUAAGUAUAUCUUUCGAAUUGGUCUCUGCACGGUGAACUUCCUCCUAGGUCUGCCGAUGGUCUGCAGAGGGGGGUACUACCUCCUCUUCCUCAUUGAUUGGGCCAUGUCCGGCUACCCACUCAUGUUCAUCUGCGUCACCGAAAUUAUCAUCAUUUGCUACUCUUACGGAUUUGCUGAAUCCGGAUCUUCACCAUCGUCUGAGGUGUGCUUUCACACCCACGACCGGUGUUUCACGGUGGACGCGGCGAUUUGUUCGCAGGGCUCUGCUGAGUCAUCGAAGCGCUUGCUAAUCGGCCUGAAGCAAUUCCGGAAGGACAUUGAGUUAAUGAUAAAUGCUCGUCCCAAUUGGUACUGGCGCAUCUCCUGGCUCAUCACCACACCGGGUAUCACCAUCGCCUUAAUUGUAUUCUCCAUGGUGAGCACCGCAGAGCUGCAGCUGGACAACUACGUCUUUCCGCAUUGGGCUCAUUCGCUUGCCUAUCUCACCGCCGCCUUUCCCAUUCUCUGCAUUCCUCUCUGGUUCUUCUACAAAUACUGCCGUGAAGGGGGAUGGAUUCUCUUCACGGAGUUCUUGAAGCCAGUUAACGAGUGGGGUCCGGCGCAGGAUGAGCACCGUGCCGAGUUCAUCUCAAUGAUACGCUCCAACGACUCUUUGCGGCACAACGUCGGCAGUAGCCAAGUGUGCAUCAGCAGCACUCACAUCCCGCCCGGUCUCGCAGACCCCGAGAACGGAGUUGCCGGUGGUGGGGACAGCAGCGGCCGACAUCGGCGCAUCCUCAUUGGUAACAGCAGCGUGGUGCUGGACUCGGAGGGCGGCUUUUUUCAGAGCAAACUCAGCGUUGCGGAAAAGCUCACCAUAGCGCAUAAUCGUGAGGUCGCGAAACGCUCUGGCGUCGAUCUCAGCCAUCUCGAUGCCGAGGCUUUAACCGCUAGUCAAAUGCUCCACCUUGUACCACUCUCAUGUGGUAGUCCAUCGGGUUUAAGUGCUGUUGAUGGGAUUUAA